ACAUAUGUUUAUGUAUAUAAUAAACCCUCCUCAGGCACCUUGCAGACAGCUGGUUUCAGAAUGGCACAACUUAAGGCAGAAAAGAAAUUCACUCUUUAUUAUUUUCCUACAUCAUAUUCUUCACAAAAGGUUCUGCUUGCUUUCUUUGAGAAAGAAUUGGCAUUCACACCUCGUCUGGUCAGUUUAUUUUCUGGACAACACAAUCAACCGUGGUAUGUCAAACUUAAUCCAGAGGGUGCACAUGUACCUGUUCUCAGGGACGAGACAACAGACACUACAGUUACAGAUCCUGCCAGCAUUAUGGAAUAUGUGGACGAAGCCUCUGAAAAUGGUGAGAGGUUAUUUCCUGAUGAAUCCUCAGAACUUGGUAAACAGGUGAGACAGCUGUGUAAGAGACUGGACAUGAUUGAAAUGGACGUGAUUACUUAUGGCAUUAUAUAUCAUCCACACUUGUCAGGUGCCGGGUGUCAGAUAUCAGGGGCUGUUCAAAGGAGUAUGAGAGAGAACUUUGCCAAUCGCCUGAGCUAUUUGACUGAGUUAGCGGCAGCUCACCCUGCGCUACGAGACAGUUACCUUACAAAGAGCCAGAUAGCAGCACAGAAGUUUGACAUCAUUACGGAUGAAGCCAAGGUCAAAGGUCACUUAGAGGCCCUGAAACGCACAUUGAAAGAUAUUGAACAGCAGCUGAAAGAGCUUAAAGAAAAAAACGGAGAUGUGGCAGAUGAACUGUGGUUGUUUGGUCCCAUGUUUACGGCCGCAGACAUCCACCUUACUGUACUCCUAAACCGUUUAGCUUUGUUAGGAAUGGACAAAGAAUAUUUCUCACAAAGCCUAUGUCCUCACAUUGACAGUUAUUUCUCCCAAGUCAAGAAACGACCCACAUAUGUAAGGUUGGAGAAGGAUAUCUCUACACUGAAACUGACGUUAGUUUGGGAAAACUUGAAAGCCUGGUCUCCCUACUUAGCUGGAGCAGCAGGUCUGGGCUUGGCCGCAGGGGGGGCUUAUUUAAUUUAUCAAAAGAGUAAAUGAUAUUGAUAACAUAUAGUUUUAGAAUUAAUAAGGUAAGUACAUGAUAUUUUUAAGGUUAGUGUAUUUGUCUUAUUUUCUUUUACAUGUGUGUGGAAUGUAGCACACAUACAAACUUAUCAGUGUCUGUUUUUGUGAUAGAUGUGGAAUUUUCUUUCUUUUUUUUUUUUUUAUUACUUUCAAAAUAAUUUUUGAGUGCAGUUUACAAUAAUGGAGCUGAUUUUGACAUUUUUUUAAUGUAUUAGUGCAAUUUUUAGAAUGAUUUCAAAGAUGUUGGUGCUUCCACUUUGUUUCAAUCUCAUUGUUUGCUCAUUAAGUAGCAAUCUGUAGAUAGCAGUUUAAGUUGUGUCAUAUGAUAUCAUUUUGAAACCAAAAAAUGUGUUGCGUCUUCAUGUUUUUUGACAUACCAUUUAUGAUUGAUGAUAGAAUGAACUGUGUACACAGUGACUAUUUAUAAAAAUGCAGCUAAGUUAUAGUUCCUCAUUUCCCAAGGAAAAUAAGGUAAUGUGGUUCAUUUUGCCUUUUAAAAAAACUUAAGUGAAAGAGGUUGGAUAAUCACUUAAAAUUCUGCUAUUUUUGAGUUAUGUCUUAUCAUAUGAGUGAAAGACACUGGAAUUUUUUAAGCCCCCCAUGAAAUGUUACAUUACUCUAUGUACAUGUAUUACCUUCAAUAAUAAGCAAAAGCACUCUCAAUGUUUUUUUUUUUUUUUUUUUUUUUUUUUUAAACAAAAUUUUUAAGUCACAUGGUCAAUGUGUUGCAAGGAAAUGUCUUGCAAUUACAAAUGGUUUUUAAAAUGCCUGCAUUGGUUUAGAAUCUUAGCAGAUGUCUUUAAACUACAUGUACCAUUAGUGUUUUAUUUUUACACUACUGGGUAAUACAAGGUUCUUUUUCAUACAGAUUCUUUUGCAUUGGUCGCACAAUGUAUAGUAAUUGAAGUCACUUCUCUAGUCUCCCCUACUCAAAAAAUUAAAAUGUAGAAAAUGCUAGAUCUAUCCAGUUCAAUGUUAUGGAUCUUUUUCAAUAGAUAAUGACCAGAUAUAUUACCAGUAAGAAUAAAUAUAAAUUGCUAAGUAUAUCACUUAAGAUUUUUCCUGUCAGGUACUGUAGGUAUUCAUACGUAAAAUAGUUGCAUUGCACUUUUGCUAAUGAAGUACAGAGGAUGAUCCCUCAUAUGGAACAAAGAAAUACUUUAAGGAUAAGGUACUUAAUUUUUUUUUUACUGUGCCUCACUGUUACUAGUACCUGGGUACCUUGCAUCAGAUUUUAUGAUGCAUUGAUUAUGAGGAAAAAUUUAAUGUGCCUUGAGGUUACAAGUUUGUCAUAAAAAAAAUAAUGCAGCAUCACAGAUAUUCACUAUUACAGUGCACACUAUGCAAAAUGGUCCCCGUUAUCACUGAUCAAAAGAUGCGCUGCUGGAGAAAGAAAUCACAUUGAGUAAUUUUUCCACUGUAUUUUACUGGUUGUGUUUACUUACAUUGUGAUUAAAUGUAUUUAGUAUUUCAUGUAAAUGAUAUACACAUAUUUUUAAAUAUCUGAAGUAUUUAUCUGAUAUUAACCCUUCAUUAAUGAUUGCUGACUGACAAUAUAUUGGAGAAAUGAAAUCUCUGUGGAACAGUGCAGGAAUAUUCAUUUCUUGAGGUUUUAUUUAUUUACUUCAUGUCAUUAUUUUGAUUUUAACAUUCACAUUUAUAUACACUUUUUAUUUGAUUACAGUAUUGUGAUGUAUUGUGAUAGUUAUUGUUACCAAUGAAUAAACCUUGAAAAUAA